CGAGCGAGGUUUACCUACUUGAUUGGAUUGCGAUUUUACUGAGCUUUUUGCACCAUCUACCCGACAAUAAUAUAGAAUGUUAUUGUUGAAGCAACUUCCCGUUUGGAUUGUUGUAAUCAUGACCGUUGGCUUGUUGACGGGGCUGAUGACCAGUGAAGUGUUGGAGAUUCCACCCUCAACACCCACCUACCAAGCCACCGGUAUGCCUGACCUGCGUCUGGAGACCGCAACCGGUAAGACGCUCAUUUCACCUGCGUCAUCUGAAGACCAUCUUGCGUUGCCAUCUCCUGGCCUGCCUCCUACAUCGAGGCCACUGAUCCCACUGGAAUUCUUCCCUGCCGGCAUCGACAACCUUUCUCAAGUCCACUGGCGAGAGCUGUCAUCUGAUGACACUUGCUGCGAGGUAGCAUCAUCACCCGCCGCCAAUCUUGAGACGAGUAUGCCAGCAGACCUGGUACCGGGAUGCUUCCCCAAGACCAGACCAUCACUGACCGUUGACCUGUCUACCGACCAUCAUAUGACAGCCUCUUCAUCGAUCAGUCUUCCUCCCGUAUGGAUCACUCCUGAUCCUAUGGGUGGAUCACCUGUCGAGCCAAACCAAGUUUCCGAGGGAGUAUCGACGUUUGUUGAUGACAACUGUGCAAACGUAACACGGAUUCCUGACGAACUUGUGUGCUCCAGCAAACCAUGCCCGACCAUCGGCGUGUAUCCGGGGUCCUGCCUGGGGACCACCAGUGCUCCAAAUGAACCUAUCUUAUCCGACGGAGCACCUGCUGAAAACCAUCUCACUUCAUGGAAAUUUGCCCUGCAUCCGAGUAGCAGCUGCGAAUGGAAAACUUCACCCUUCCAGCCUGAAGUACCUUCAGCAGAACCGGGGAUAGGUUCACCUCUGAUCAACAUCACCACCAAGCAGACCUGCGGUUUACUCCGUGGGACUGUGCAGACAGUGACAUUCUCCAAUAGAAAUGUCGCCAUGAGUUGGAUCGCCGAGCGAGGCCAGCGGGCUUUCAACAUCUUGAGCCACGUGUCCAUGAUGUCCAGCUUCCUUGGAUUCCUCCUGCUGUUGUUUCAACUCCUCCAAAAAGGCCAUCGCUUCCAAUCCCGGAAGACUCCACGACCUCAUCACUGCGCUAACAGUCAGCGGUUCCACCUUGCUGAUUUUCCCGUUCAGUUGAUGAAUCGUCUCUGGGGUAAGAUGCGGGCCACGAUCUUGCCAAUCCGCACGACUCUCCUCCUUCUGGUGCUCCCAGUCAUCUUCCUGCCAACUGCUGGAGUUUCUGUGCUGGCGUGGAUCGUUUUGCUUCUUUGGGACGCCACCGGUAGUCGAUAUCCUACCAUCACAUCGUCAGGCAUCAUCACCGGCCUGAAGAACCAGCUGGUGAACUUCGUCCCAUCACCGCUGAGAUCCUGCUGCUUUAGAUCAAGGCUACCGUGGAGUCAUCACAUCGGUGCUUUGCAGGUACUGGUGGGGUUGUGGUUCCUGGUCCACCUGAUGGAACCACAUCGUCUCAUCACGGCUAACUUGGCUGUGACCAGCUGCUUUCUCAUCAUCGCCUACUACAUCGGUAUCUGGAUAUUGUUCCAGAAUAAGAUGAGGACGCAGAUAACUUUAAAGAAAACUGAUGCUCCGUCUUCGUUUACGUCAGCCAUCGUCGUCAAUGAAAACCCUAACCAGACGGACACGGUGACGAAACAAGCGCUAUCGGCACAACAUCACCAUUGUUGUGAUAUCCAUGAGUCAAACUUCCUGCCCGAAUCUUCUUAUCCCAACCGCAACAACUCCAACAAUGUGCGAGGGAAGAAAUCACAGGGGCGGAGAUACCGUGGUCACUCUGUGGGCCAUCGCCAUGGUAACGAGGAAGAAGUUGACAUGGAAACUGAUGAAACAGACUGGGAAGAAGACAUGGAGACGGAUAUGGAUGCGCGUGAAGACAAAGUCAUGGAAGUUCACUACGACGACACAGGUUCCAUGGAGAUAGAUGACGUAGACGUGGCUAACAUGGAGGUUGAUUACGAUGAUUGUGAUGCUGCUGAAAUUGCCAUGGAGAUUGAUGAUGAAGAUGACAUGGUUAUGGAUGUCGAUCUGCGUAAGGAGGAAAUCAUGGACUGGGAGGAGUUGUUGAGGAUUCGUGGAGGAUGGGAUAGCACGGGAUUCGAGAUUGAGCCAGACCAUAUCUUCAUCAGACAACCAAUGUAUAAAACCUGGAGCUGUGUCGAUGUGAAGACUGAGCCCAUGGACUGGGAGGAAAACAUAACCAAAGCAGGCUGGAAGUGGCUGAAUUUUUCCUUCCGACUGAGUGAGAAUACCUCCCAAGCACCAGCAGCAUCUCCACUCACAGCAUCAAACACGCCACACAGUCUGCCUCCUGAUACCACACCACCAACAACACCACCAACACCACCACCACCACCGCCGCCGUCGCCGCUACCUCCUCUUGUAAACGGUACACCAUCACAUUAUCAAUCACUAACUGCAGUCGACGUGAAUGGAUCUCUUACAAGUGCGGGUGAUUGCAGACAAUCUGACCGAAAUCUUCAGACACCGGGUCUUAAUCCAGGAGGACCCAAUGCUUUAGGAGACCACACCGGAUCGACACAAAAAGGACCCCGUAAAAGAAGAGCUCGCUUGGCGAGGAGAGCAACGCAUACGAUCCUCAGAGUGGUAAUACAACAUAGACGCAAACGUUGCCGACGUGGAAGCCAUAAACGACGACUGGAACUGAGACAUUUGGCCUCCUGGUGUGGACUUACUACUCGCGAAGCAGCACGGGCAAGGCGAGGAGAGAAGGUCUCAGGAGGAAUUACAUUGGCAAGACUCCGAAUCAGACAGGAUCAUGAGACCUCCAAACUCAUCAAAGCGUUUACAAAACUCAGACGGACAGACUGCGACAUCAAAUCCUCCUCAGAUGCGCAACUGACAUCCAGUGCCUUGGACGAGACGAGAAAUAUAAGGACGGCACAAAGCGUACCAGAAUGCAGUGUGAUGGAGAAGCCUCAACGAGAGCUAUCAAUGAAAUUGAACUCAAUCCAACCUGCAUCUACUGGAAAUGUUCUUGAGGAAAAUACACCAGAGGCGAAUGAACUUGAUCCACUCCAGCGGUGUUUGGCGUUAUUAAACCUUGUGAUUACAUCAAGCCAACCUCAGGACGUAAUUGGAGAUGCGAUCGAGCAACAACGAAGUGAGCCUCUCAUCAACGAAGUAAAGCUGGCUUCAAUAAAUCUACACAAGUCACAGAAAACAUCUCCAGCUACCGAGAAGGUGCUGGAGAAUGUCAAGAAGGAAGCUUCUGAGUUUGUCGGCCCGCAUCGGUGUCUGACUCUGACAGAUGUUUCCAUAAACCUCAGCGAACCUCAAACAACAAGUUAUGACAUCAUUCAACAUGUUGAAAGUGAUGAAGCUCGUCAACUGUUUGCUGGAAACUUGACAAUAGACGAUGUGAAUCAAGAGGAAAAACAUCAGUGCUCGACCACAACCGACAUUUUGAUGAAACGUAGCUUACCUCGCUUCACUGAUGAUGGAAACGCAAACCAGCAUGUUGACAGCGACAUUCUUAUAUCCGGCUUGCACCAACCUGCCGAGAAGGCGACAGAUCACGACGAGGAUAAUGUUGACAAAAUUGUUAGCCUCCAUCGUUGUGCGGCAUCGAUCGAUGUUUCCAUAAAACCGAGAACACCAGAAGCCACAAGCAAUGAAGUGAUAAACCAACAUGACAAGGAGAAGAUGUCUGAACAAAAGCUCGUGUCUCCAACUCAAUUACCUGACAACGAGAAACAAAACUCCUUUGAAGGCCAGGCAUCUUCAAGCUUGAUGCAAUCUGCGAGGGACACUAACAGUGGAUUCGGACAAGCUAGAUUCCCAACAAGACAAAUUGACCCAAUCGUAUCCCUCAUCAGCUUAUUCAUACGACUCAACUUCAUUGACUCUGAAAUGGCUUCGGAUGUGGAAUUGCCAUCUCGUGGACUGGAAAAAACAGCAGGGGACGAGAUGUCACGAGUUGAACCUGAAGCAGAAGAAAUGCUGAGCUCACAUCCAAACAUGAAUCAAUCACAGCCUCCAUGUCCACACAAUGAUUUCAGAAUUGAUGUGGACACUCUUCUCGGUCCUCAGCGGUGUUUGAAAUCCACUGAUAUCUCCAUAACACAGACAGGAUCUCUGGCUGCAAAUGAUGACACAGUCAACCAUUGUAAUAUAAACGACGUCUCCCAGCCUGAUCCUCAAGUAGCUUGUACAGAGGACCCGACAGUAAGCGUAGCUGCGACUGAUGAUGACGAACCAAAAGUUGAGACAUAUGGAGCUGGCAUAACAUCUCUUGAUGAACCACAAUGCGGACAGCAACAUGAGGACAACCAAGGAGCAACACAAAGCCAUAUUAACGGAGCAAACAUGCACAAAAUACAGAAUAACACCAUGCCAACCGAGGCCCUACUACCAAACGAUCAAGAUGUGCAGCAGAUUACGACUGGUGAAUUGGCCAGCCAACAUGCAGUUGUAAAUGGGCUAUCGGUGUCAGAUCGCACGGUUCCACUACAACCGGCUGAAAGUAAUGUUACAGAGCUAUCAUGUCAGGCUCUCUCUGCAGCCGGCGGUGGGGAACUAGACAACAAUACGAGUGAAGAUGACGCACUUAUAAGCCUUGUCCAAGGUUGGAGUUUAACAGAAAGCGACAUGCCUGCGAUGAGAGGACGAAAUCUUGACGACGAUAGAGCAUUAAUCACCACACAAAAAACAUUUGUUGGACGCCAGCCCAAUCAACAUCUCACACUUUCGGAACCUCUGAUCAACGCCAGCCUCAUACAUCCAGACCUGAUGAUCUGUGACGCUACAGAACGGACAGACCUACCCAGCGCUAAUGAACUUCCGGACCAAAUGGGAAGCAUGGAAGUGAGCGACAACUUUGAACCCAUGGUGACAAAUCAGGGAGUGGCAAUGCCCCAACAAGAACCAAACGCAGAUCAACCCAUUAACAACGCAACGAGCUCAAGGGUAUCAGCACUGAAACUCACUCUCAAAACUACCAGACGAACAUCCAACACAAUAGAGCAGAUUCGCACAAGGUGUAGACGGAUGGCAGUUGAGCGGGCCCGGAGGCAGAGAUUCGAAGCAAGGGGCAUUGAAGGAAAUGAUGACGAGAGUGCAGAUGAUGAGGGCAAUUUAUGCCUAGUAAAUCAGAUGGACGCAAUGACCAUAAGACAACCAGGGAGCAGCGACUCAACACCAACACCACCGACUCCUCAGAGUGACAUUCAAGUUCAAGAACAGGCUGAAAUUAUUCCUGGAGGUGCGUCACCUUCUUUGCCGGGUGUUGACGAAGUACAAGAAACAGCAGAAAGCGAGAAGGAAGAAAAUACACUUGGUAACACAAUACCUACUACUACGACUGGCAGUGCCACUACCAAACAAUCAAGUGAGCAAGAAAUCCCACUUGAAGAAACUGUCAGCAGCAGUGCAGAGGACGGAGCACAUACAUGUAUUCCUGCACGGCCUCUCAGCACUAUCGUUGGCCCACUGACCAAUCAGGACAGGCCCGCUGAAGAAACUACAAACCAGUUCGCUGAUGAAGAAGCAAUUCAACUGACUGAACUCAAUUCAAAUGGCAAGGGAAGCAAUGAUGAAAGCGACAUCACAUCCAGUGUCAGAGCUUCACCCGAAAACAUCUCAAGUGAACAGGUGUCAUCCAAGCAAUUGGAAACACUACAAGUCGAAGGCAUGAGAGCAGUCCAAGAAGAGAGAAUCGAAAGGGAGUUGUCGCAAGGACAAUUAAUGGCGCAGCUGAACUCAAAUGGCAAAGGCGUCAAGGUUCCAAGACAAGAAACGACGUUCAGAUACGUAAGGCCAAGUAGAAGAGCUAGCUUCACAGUGGGUCCUCAAAGAGAUGACGAAGGAACUGACCCAAGAAGCGAAGGUAGCAGUGGAACCUCUCAGUCUUUGAGGUCUCAGUCCCAAAUAGGCUUGCGCAUUGAGAAAACACGGGAGCGGCGGAGACUACAAGCUGCAGAACGAGCAAGAGAGGCUAGGUUUAAGAACUUCAACCGGGACAUUGACAUUGACUCCGAGAGCGAUGAUGAAGUUGAGGGUGAUGGAACACCCCUCGAGGAUGGGAACAACAGAUGCACAUUUGACACUCAAAUGAAUGAAGCAAGUUCUACUGAAGAUGUAUCAGUGCAGGAAGAAGUGUCGUCGACUGAUUUGAGCUCGGACAGCACCGAAAGUACAGAAUCGUCAGAGGAAGAUAUUGGUUUGGCAAUCAAAGAAGCGCGAAUUGUUACACAACUUCAGCGAUUGGAAGUUGACAAAGACAACAACUCAAAGCCAAACAAUGAUAACGGGCAACCACAAACAGGGUUACCAGGUUUCAAGGCAUCAGCGAAAGAACUGCUUCUGAAGUACUCUAGACCGGCGAAGGCAACGCUAACAUUCAGGGUGCCCCGGCCAAGCAGAGUUGAAAACGACAGAUCACAUAGCCGAGACAGAGGGAAAGAAUCACAAGAUAUCGAUCACUCAUCUUCAUCUGCCCUAAGUUCACGAUUGACUAGAUCCCGGCAGAGAAGGAGACAAGAGGCUUUGGAGCGAGCCAGACUGGCUAGGUUUCGGGCCCGAGGCAUCGAGCUUGAGGAUGAUGACGACGACGAAAUGCUCCGAAGAGACUCAGAAAACAUCUCCUUGACGCAGAGGAGGAUAGAGGAGCAAGCUCAGGAGAGGCAAAUAAUUCAGGUUGAUGGAGAGUUAGAAACACAGGCCACGUCAGAAAACGACGAGAUGACCAUGUCCGACAUGAACGAUGAGAGAACUGUGCGAGAAAUGAAGCCGGCCUUACCAAAGAAGGGGAUACUGAAAAGGAGAACUUAUCCAGAUAUACCAUCGGUCCCUGAGCAUACCAACAACCAAGACCAUGCAAACACAGAGCCUCAUGAACCUUGUAAUGGAGCAUCCAGUAACAACAACGCAACGACCAAUGCUGGGACACUACUCCGCCAACUGAAUAAUCUCGUCGUCGGCACAUCAGUUCAAAGCAAGGCAAAGCAAGUGAAACUGAACCUAGAACUGAUGCCACAACUGAACUCGAAUAACAAAGGACGAGUAGUUCCACCAAAAGCAGAGAUUACGUUCAGAUACGUCAGGCCGAAGAAGACCGUCCGGUUCCAUAUGACUGCACAGACUGAGGCCGGCGUGAGAUACGGUGAGAAUGCCGGCCGCGACAGACCAUCUUUGUCAUUAUCACGUUACGGCACAGAGGAAGCCAGAAAGAGACGCAGGGAACUGUUCUUCCUGAGAGCCAAAGAAGCUAGAUUCCGAAAUAGAUGCAUGGAUGUGUCGGAUAUUGACCACGAUCAGUAGGACAGUUAUCCUGUCUCCAUCUCAACUUCCACUGAGUGUCAGUUUUUGUAUUAUGAUAAGAACAGUCUCCAAAGAGGAAGAUGGGACACAAAACGGAUUGCCAUUCAGCCUCCGGAGGAAAAUCUCGUUAUAUUAAUUGAAAAUACUGUGACCGGUGGAUUCAGGGUGGGGCAAGUAGGAUAUGAUGCACAAAACUUUUAUCUCAAAUUUGAGACGAGAACAAAAUAGUUUUUAAAAACGCGUCACGUCAGAAUCGAGCAAAUUUUCAUCGCCUCUUUUCAAAGGAGAACGGGACACGCAUCCCUUUGCUUUCACAAUUGAUCAAUUGAUCAGCCCCAGCCCUAAUCUACUGCAUGCCCCCUCCCUCCCCCUCAAAAAAAAAAAACGAUUAGAAAAUCUACCCUGUAGGACGUUUCUUUGUACAGUGAAAUCUUGAUAAGUCAAACCGCAAGGGAUCGGGAACAGGUUCAAAA